AUGUCUUCUCCUGACUACAUCAUCGUCGGCGGCGGCACAUCCGGCCUUGUCGUUGCAAACCGCCUCUCUGAAGAUCCCAAUGUUCAAGUCCUGGUCCUCGAAGCUGGUGAUGACCUCACUGCUGACCCCCGCGUCAACGUCCCCGGUUUCUGGCUCGCCCUUCUUGGAUCUGAUGCGGACUGGCGGUACCAUUCAACUCCCCAGCCAGGUCUGAAGGAUCGCUCUGUCAAAAUUCCCCUGGGAAAGGCCAUCGGUGGUACAUCUUCUCUCAAUGGCCAGGUUUUUGUUGCCCCCGCUCAAGCUGAUAUUGACGCUUGGGGGAAGCUGGGCAAUGCUGGCUGGGAUUGGGCCAGCUUGGUGCCAUAUUACAAAAAGUCAUAUACCCUUCUGCCGCCCAAGGACCAGGCGACACUUGAUCACCUGGGCAUCGACUGGAUCAAUGACGAGUAUAAAGGCACUUCUGGCCCUAUCAAAGUGUCCUUUCCCGGUGUUCUUGAGGAUCCUCUCUGCAAAGCGUGGAUUGAUGCGUUCCGAGAGUUGAACAAGAGCACAACUGGCGAUCCAUUCUCAGGAAAUUCAAUUGGAGGAUAUAGUAGUGCGGGAAGUGUCGACCCAGAGACCAAGACGCGAAGCUAUGCUGGCUCUGCUUACGCCCUUCCUGCUCUCCAGAGGUCCAACUUUAAGAUUAUCACGGGUGCUAAGGCCCAUAAGAUCCUGUUCCAAGAGAACUCUGACGGUGUCGUGGCAACCGGAGUACAGGCCAAAGUCAAAGGCGAGACCAAGACCUUUACUGCUGCCAAGGAGGUCAUCGUCGCAUCGGGCGCUUUCAACACUCCCAAGCUACUUGAGCUUUCGGGUAUUGGAGGGAAAGAGACACUGGAGAAGCAUGGAAUCCCCGUCACUGUUGAUCUCCCUGCCGUAGGAGAAAACCUGCAGGACCACGUCAUGACUAGCGUCAGCUUCGAAGUGGCCGACGGCGUCAUGACUGGAGAUCCCCUCCUGCGUCAGGAACCAGAAGCUCUCGCCCUCGCCCAGGAGCUUUACCAGAAACAUCGAGCUGGCCCCUUUGCUGUCGGUGGCACGCAGUGUCAUGCCUUCAUGCCCAGCCCUGACUCUAUCAGUGAGCUACUGGAUAAGUACCCGCCAACGCCCGAGAACCAAGAUUACUACAACGCUGUCCGUUCGAUUCUCGAGAAACCUGACGCCACCUCUGCUGCAUGCUUCCUGUUCCAGGUACAGGCAAACGUUCAUGAACACGGAAAAAGUUACAUCGGAUCGUCGCGAAUGCCCGAGAACUUUGUCUCUUUCGGCUGCUUCCAAUCUCAUCCUCUUUCUCGUGGAGCAACUCACAUAUCAUCAGCCGAUGUCGAUGCUAUGCCUGAAAUCGACCCCCGUUACUUCUCCCACCCGGCUGACCUUGAGAUCCUGGCUCAAAACGUCCGGGCCCUCGAGGAUCUCCGCCAAACCAAAGCAUUUGGGGCAUUCCUUAAGCCUGACGGGAAACGUAAUCACCCUGAUGCUUUCCACAUUGGAACUCUAGAGGGGGCCAAGAAGUACGUCCUCGACACGGCUUCCAACACGUUCCAUGUGUGCGGUACGGCUGCAAUGUUGCCCAAGGAUAAGGGAGGCGUCGUGGAUAUCAAUCUGGUUGUCUACGGCACGAAGAAUCUACGUGUCGUUGAUGCUAGCAUCUUUCCGCUUAUCCCUCGUGGAAAUAUCAUGUCUUCGGUGUAUGCCGUAGCUGAAAAGGCUGCUGAUGUUAUCAAGGGGGUUUGA